GCGAAAGCAUGUCUCUUACCAUCAAGGACGGUGGAGACUUCCAGCACAUCUUGCGUAUCUUGGGUACGAACAUCGAUGGGAAGCAGAAGGUCAUGUACGCCAUGACCUCUGUCAAGGGUAUCGGUCGCCGUUUCUCCAACAUCGUCUGCAAGAAGGCUGACGUCGACAUGGACAAGCGUGCCGGCGAGCUCACGCAGAAGGAGAUGGACGACCUGGUGACUGUGAUCCAAGUCCCCCACGAGUUCAAGAUCCCCGCCUGGAUGCUCAACAGGAGAAAGGACUUCAAGGACGGCAAGACCUCCCAGCUCUCCUCCAACCAGAUCGACCAGAAGAUGCGUGACGACCUUGAGCGCCUCAAGAAGAUCAAGAACCACAGGGGACUCAGGCACUACUGGGGCCUCCGCGUUCGCGGUCAGCACACCAAGACCACUGGCCGCCGCGGCAAGACCGUCGGUGUGUCGAAGAAGAAGGGAUAAACUUAACGCUCCAUGUACGAACCUUGAUGAAAUCUAUGAUCGCAUCCG